UUUCAACUACAUCCACAAUGAGUUGCAUAUAGUCGAACCAUAACAAAUCUCCGUUUUCUGGGUUAUCCCACUCUCCAAACUCAAUAGAAGCUAUGUCUUCACUGUCGGUCCGAUAAACCUCUCCCAAUUGGGUCCCGUCUUCAGCUUCCCAAUGACAGACAAGCCCAGCCCGUCUCCAUCAGCAACAUACGACACUUCUAGCGUCUCUGAUCGACUGACGACGAGUCCAUCGUUUCCUGCAAGUGCCGGCACUACCGGUCCUCGUAUAAUACAGUCAGACUUUCCAAUCUAUUAGGGUUCAAAAUGCGGUCUAUCUUGUUCAAUUUUAAUCAGUCUCACCGCCUCAGGAUUGCUACCCGUCCACGCCGGAUUUGGCCUCUCGCUUCAGUCGCUUCAGUCAGAAUGUAUUCUCAGAGACCCUCAUGGCUCGAAGUAUGUUGUAAUGACGUAAGGCCGACCCCUACGCUCUUUGCAUGGAACCUGUCAAACCUUGCUUCUUACCAUGAUUCUGACCCUUCAACCUCGUCUGCUUCUGGUGAUUCCGACCAGCGGAUCUACGUCCUGGGAGUAGGUAACUUAGGCCGCCUCUUCGCAACUUCACUGGCCCAAGCGCCUGACAGGCCCCCAAUCACAUUGGUUGUUCACAGAAAGGAGCUCCUGGAGCAAUGGAUCGAGAGUGAUGGCAUUGAAAUUUUGCGCCAGGACAAGCUGGAGAAGAACAAAAACUUCGAUAUUGAAUGGUGGACGGAGAAUGAGCCGGAUUUCGGCCCAGUGCGAGAGGUCGCCGAUGGCGAAAAGCUAAAGAACCUCAUCGUCUUGACCAAGGCUUCAGCUGCCCUGCCACAGGUUGACCGAGUUCGAGGUUACCUGGACCGAAACAGCACUGUGUUAUUCGCUCAAAACGGAAUGUCGAAAUUGUGGCCUCCUCAUGGAUCCUUAUACGUUUCCCAUCGCUAUCAUAGCAGCCAUGAGCCCAACUUUUUAGCUUGCGUUACAACCCAUGGAGUGACAUCCCAGGGGACAUUCAGAAGCUUUCAUGCCUCCCAAGCUGAUGUUGUCGUCGGAGCGGUUCUCCCGAACUCCAUUUCGCUUGGGAAGACAGCAUACUUAGUCAAGCAGCUACUAGAAGCCCCUCACCUAGAGGCUAGGUCUGUGCCUAGAGGGGAGCUUUGGAUUCUGCAAUUGGAAAAGCUCGUCGUUAACGCGGUAAUCAACCCUUUGACAGCUAUUCUGGGUUGCAAAAAUGGAGCUCUAUUCACUGAAUCAGAUGGAGUUCUCGCACGAGUCAUUGACCAGCUUCUAAGCGAAGCAAGUCAAGUGCUCCAACUUCUGGUGGCCCACGAGAGCAGCGCAGAAAUCAUUGGACGGCAGGAAGGACGUCUACCAGGCGAGCCUGAGACGGCCAUCGAUCUCUCCCCCAAGAGCCUGCAGGAAAGAUUCUCACAUCCUCAGCUGAAGGACAUGAUCUAUCGAGUGGGUCACAAAGUUAGGGAGAACACAAGCUCCAUGCUGCAAGACGUGCGUGCCGGCAGAUCAACCGAGAUCAGGGACUUCAACGGCUGGCUAGUUGAGAUGGCAGCGUUCCUAGACCCGGGACUAGAGGUUACGGGCCACGGCACCUUGGUCGAGCUGGUGGAGGCUGGCAGAACCCUAGAUGUGGAUCAACUUGGAAGUUGCUUCAACGGUUCCGGGACAGAUGCAGGAAAAUGAUGACAGAGUCAUGGCUAUUGGAGAUCCGGGGACGUGCCCUGCCAUCGGUUGUGGUCAAUCCAACUUCCCUCCGCACAUUGGAUGAGCAUGGGCCAUGAAUGUUGUCCAAAUAGGCACCUGGCAGAUUUUGGCUGACCAGGGUUGUGAUCGGCUCCGGGCCAACGUCUGCAUCCUUGCAAGAGAAGCCAGCACGAGAUAAUGAAUUAACAAGGCUCACAUCCGCAUUGGGGGAUAUGUCCUGUCACAUUUGACAAGGCGACUGGGAAUUCCCGGAAGUGGCGUGUUUCGUUUCGUUUUGUUUGGCUGUAUUCGUUUCUUCCUCGGUCUCGAUUGCCAGGGGUCUAAACUCAACCCAACUUAUAAGACUGAGUUAUAUAGCCCAUAAGACAGGUGGUUAUCGACUCGCGCUAACCCUCUCGAAAACCUUUCUGCCAACCAGAUGAAACAAACGUUUUAAAGCCCAUCUCUCUCGUGGGGCGAAAAAGAAACAUGCAGGCAUCUUAACCAAGUUCAGCGUCGCAAUGCAUCGUCACCAAACACCGCCGUCAUAUCGACCCAACCUCCCUCUCCUCCCCCCUCCUCUCCUCUUUAUCCUAUCCAUCUCUGGCCGCCGAUGUGACCUGAAAACUCAGACCGUUAUAGCCCUGGGAUGGGUCAAAAAGUCUCGGUCGACGGGGGGUUGACAAAUCCAUGACCAAGACUGGGAAGGGGGUGUUGUGCCCCAAGUUUUAUCACGCAUCGUCAGUGUAGCAACCGGGACUUGAAGCCAGUUUCAGGCCUAGUUUUUCACAGAUCGGGCAGUCUGCUUUAUGAUAUUAUGCAGUACCUACAUCAAGUCAACAACAUCAGCCAGCCAUAAUGCCUCGCUUAGAGAUUGCACAUCGGAGAUUUCGAAAGAGUUGUUUCAGCGGCGGUAACCCUCUACGUUACCCGGCUCUCCGACAUGUAGGUACUGUUGUCUUGCUUGCUUCCUAGCUAGCUACCUGUGAUGAGAUGUGGCACAGCUGCUGCUCUUUCAUGCUCUCAGCUCUGAGAUGACCUCGAUAGCCGUGGCUCGACACGACCUCAACCCCGGAGCAUGAAGAUCAUCCCAAACACAGCAUGCUACGCGACCUACAUCUUGUGUUACCUCCUCUCGACCGCUGUGCGACUGCACUUGGCGUCGUGUGACCGCUCAACGCGUCUCUUACAGACGCGCGCUCGCACAUGCAUACAUACUGACCCAUUCCUCCUCACCCAACACGUCACAAUGAGACACCACGCAGCUCAUCACAGAGCCAGCACGCAUGCGCACCCGCAUAUCUGAAAUAACUGUUACUCUUCGUAGCUCGAGCUCAAAAAACGCCAUCGUUUAGCGCCGUGACUCGCAUCCCAUGCGGUGUAAUGCAACAAGUUAACCAGAACGAGGCGGGUCCCUCUCUCAAGGUUAGGCAAACAACAAAGCACCAUCCCAUCAACUCAUCUCAAUCCAUCACAGCCAAGAUCGGGCCUUCUACACUCUUCUGGUCAUAUAGCCUGUCGACAAAGUAUUAACAUCACGAGGACACCGGUAGUAUGGACUCGACCGCCUCAAAGCCACAGGUGACAUGACACCCAAAGGGCCCUUUGCCCUCCGUUUCAUCGGCUCCAUCCGCUCGCUGGCAGCCUUUUUCUUCAGGGUUGGCCCCCGCCAGUCGGCAACCAUGGCGAUUGUGCCGCAGCAGCACUGUCUCUCUCUGUACAGACAGAUAGCUACGUGGCAAGGUCCCGCCUUACCCUACCUAUAUCAUAACUGAUCGCAGCGACCCCCCUAUGCAUGCAUAGAUACAUACUACAUACAUGCCUACAUCUCUCAUGGGCAGGCAAGAUGCGCGGAGUGUGGCAGGGAUUUAAAGCAUAAACACUUUCGUUUCGUCUAGCUCAACUGUGGAGACCGGUUCCGGUGAGACAAAGCAUACAGGGGGGUGCUCUGAGCCAGAUCCGAGGGAACCUUUGCAGUUUGGGCGUUAUAUAUCGUUUCAAGGCUUCAAUUAUAGGGCAUCACAACGUUCGGAGUCGAGGUGAACCGGCUCCAUUUUCUCGUCUUUCUAACGUCACGGCUCUGGACCUGAGAGAGAGGAGCCUCAUGGCGUGAUUCUGAUGAUGAUCGAGCAGAUCUUGUCUUCUAUUAUCUAGCGCCUUCGUCUUCCAAGUGUUCCUGAAUCAUGGCACCCCGAUACUGUAGCUAUACUGGACUUCGUCUCCCGAAUCCGAAUCCAGCCACCCCCAGCCCCAGCCUUUCCUUUCGUGCUCUACGCUUACAUGCUCCGUUUCCUCUUCUGUGGUAUCAAGAAACAUCACAAUAUGCUCCUGUUCGUCCGUCGUUCUACAUACACAAACCCGAAAAAUACGCUGCGCCAAAAAAGGAAACCUGCUCCGCCCAUGAUCCUGCUUUUGCUCCCGUACAUAAAUGAUUAAGAGGUAGAAUAUAGUUAUAAGAUAAGGGUAAUAAGUGACAAGAAAGUGUGAUCAGCCACAUAUCCCAAGCGAUUGGACGGUUUCCCCUGGCUGAAGGAUGGGGAAUAUUAAGUGCAUGUAAAUAAUUCUUUCUCCUUUUCCGGGGCUCCCAGGUCUAUAGUUUUUUUCGUAAAGCGACAUAGGAGAUCAUAGACGUAACAAAACGGAAUACAAGACAAUUUUUCUGAGAAGGGGAAUGGGGAAGUGAAGUAUGAUUAAUGUUAAAAAAAAGGGUUUGUGACAAAAAAAGGCCAGUCUCGAAUACGAAAGAAACAAUGAAACGGCCUGUAAGCACACGGAAC